GCGUGUGGAGUAAAAAUAUGAGCUUGACAAGCUAUCAAGCAUUCAAAAAGAUUAUGGCACAGUACUUGCACAAUCCAGCAGGAAAAUGUGUCGUCCAUCUUUUAUUUGGCGUUGGGGCGUCUUAUCUUGUGUACAACGCUCUCAACAAGGCACGCUGUAAACUAGCAGAAGAAGUAGGCCUAGAGGAAGAGCAGGUGGAACAGGAAGCGGAUCCGCGGGUUAUCGACUUGAGAAAUCGCAUUGAAAUCCUUCAAGGGUCUGAUCGCAAAACCAACAGCGACCAGUUAUGUGAAAUAGCACGCAUAUUAGAGACAAUUGCUGCAGAGCACCCAGUGACCCUGACCUCGAGGCAGGUUGAGGUGAUAGCAGAGUUGCUGAUGGAGGACGAGGUGGAAGUGAGGAUAAAGUGUUUCCACGCUCUCCAGUGCGUGUUGCAGUACGGGGCGGAUACCACAGAAGCAGUUGAGGCCCUCCAACAGCACUAUGUGCCCCUGAUGCUGUCCCUGGUGGCCCUCAGCCAGAGUGUGGAGGAGCAGGAGUCGGGCCUCCGCCUGCUGGUGUCCCUCUCCUCCAGCAGGGCUUCUCACCCCUCAGUGGCCUACGGCCUCGCUGGGCUCAGCAGCGUCAUGGCCAAACGCAUCCUCUACCCUGAAAUCCUGAUCCUCGUGGUUCGAAUCCUCUUCAACCUGUCUGACAACAAGGAAGUGGUUGGAAAGCUGCUCAACUUCAAGGCACUGGCCGCCAUGCUGAGCCUCCUGCGGCCCUCCAACCCCAAAGAGACGCUGCUCCUCUGCCUCGGCCUGCUGUCCAACCUGAGCCAGCACGGGCCACCAACAGGGGGCGCCAGCGACCAUCGCUACCACGAGGAGUCCCUCUUGGCCCUGCUCUACUUCCCCGAGUCCGCGCUGCGCGCCACGCUCACCGUGCUCACCCGCCACCAAGAGCCGCAGGUCAAGGGUCGUGCGGCGCACAUGCUGUCCAGGAUGCCACGGGCCAUCACCUUGCCCCGACCCGCCAGGCCGCUCAGGAGGGGGAGAGUCCGGCCCGGAGUCCCCUCGUCAUCGGUCUAAAACACUCCAUCUCCCCACCCCCACUCAGGCUAGCUUUCAUUACUCCAGACUACAUAAGCUCCAUCUUUGUAGACAACAACUUCUCCACUAUAACUAGUUCAUUAUUGAUUGUUAGCCCUGUAGAUUACCCACUCAAAUGUGCACUCAGAAAGGGAUGAGGGUGGGGUUAAUUUCAAGCUUUGCUUGAAAGACAGUUUUGUAAAAGGAUCCUCAGUAUCAUGCCUCAAGUCUGCGGAUGGCAUAUUGAACAUAAUUAAUAUAUGUCAAGAUAUACGUCAUUCAACAUUUGUAUGGCGUAAAUAUCAUUAUUAAGGGACAGGGAUAGGUGCCACUCUGGCUGUUAUGUUCUGUUAAAUGUAGUCACUCACGUAUUUGUGCAGUCUCUUGUUUUACACAUAUAUUUGCAUGGCUUUGAGGAGUUUAAGAUUAUUUUUUUGGUGGAAUGACAAUCUUGUUGUGGAGGUAUAUGUACAGUAAGAGAUAAGUAAAGUUUUCCUAGUGA